AUGGGGGCUUCAGUGCUUCCUGCCCGAAGGGUCCUUGAGAAGCCUGUUUGUUUUUCCCGGCGCUUGUCUCCACCCAUCCCCUUCUCUCAUUGGCCAGACCUGGUGGGCGGCUGUGUUUCCAUUGGCCGGGGGGCGGUGUCUGUCCCUGGCCAGGGUGGGGGCGGGGCCUCCGCCGCUCUGAGCUUGCCCUUGUGUCUGGUGCGCCGUAGAGCUGCCGCCGCCGCUGCCGCCACUAGCGCUGCUUCCACCGCUGCUACCUCCCCUCCCAGGACCUCGAGACACCCCGGGUGCGAGCGGCAGUGCUGCUUGCUUGCUCCCCCUCUCCCCCAGCCCUUCCCCUCCGUGACCUAUCCACUCCUUGCAGCCCUCGCCCGCACCUUCUCCGACAACCCGGCACCCCUGCACCACCUGCUCGGGCAGCCCCGGCGGGCUCUGGGACUUGCUGUGCGCGCCGAGAGGAAGGCAAGCUCCAAACCCCUGCCUGGCAGACAGGCUGUCGCGGCUGCACCACCAGCAGGAGGAGGAGGAGAAGAAACUAUUUCGCCCACCGAUACCCCAUUCUGCGGGUGCUUUGCCGCUGUCGCUACUGCUGCCGCCGAUCCGAGUCCGCGGGUUCGAACACCUCAGCGGCGGGGACGGUAGGUCCCGUGGGCGCCGGGAGGAGGACACCAGCGGAGCCCUGCACUCUCGUGCCCCGCUCACCAGCAUCUACUUGCCCCCUCGUUCCUUCCCCAGCCCUUUAGAGAAGGGACCAUGAUUUGGAAACGCAGCGCCGUUCUCCGCUUCUACAGUGUCUGCGGGCUCCUGCUACAAGGUAAUCCCCGCCCCGCCGCGGGGAACAUCAACUUCUCGCCCAUUCCCCAUCUUUCCCAUUCCACCCCAUAUUUCCACUCUCCCCUCCCAGUCCCCCUGUCCCCAGCGAUUUCCACCCCCUCCCCCUACUCUCUGGUGCGGCAGGGGGCAGUGGCAGUUUGCACCAGCCCCUUGAAUUUCUAACGCUGGCUCAGCCCUGCCUUCCCAGCAGUCAGCCCCUUACGCGGCACCUUUUGCCUUUUCAUUCACCUGAGCUUCCUUCAUCUCACUCCAUCCCCGCCGGCAUCCCCCUCCCACGCCUUUUGGCUGGCAACUUGUGCCUCUCUGAACAUUCCACCCUCCCGACAACCCCCACCAGCCACCUCCCACAUCACGCUCUUGACCGACCCUCUCCGUCUCUUGUCAUCUCUUUAACCUCCCCCUUUUCGGGUCGCCUUUUCUUUUCCCCCUCUUCCCACCAUCAUCAUAUCCGUGUGUCUUUAAAAAGUGUGUGAGAGCCUGGGAGCGAGCUACCAAGACGGCGAGAACAGCAGCAGCGGCAGCACCGUGUGCAUUGCAAUAACAUCUCCGGGGGGGAAAAUGUGUUGUGAGACGUGUCAUUCACCUAGGAAGAGAGAGGAGACUCUGUCUGGGAUUUAAGAAAAAAAAAAAAAGCAAGAAAGAAAAAGAAAGAAAGGAAAAAGAAUAAGAAAAAAUAAAAAAAAUGAACGAAUGAAUAAAUAAACCAAUAAACUAAGAAAGGGGAGAAAAGGCAAAAAAAAUUAAAAGACCCAAAC